UACACGGUUGAUACCGUUACCUAUCAUACAAGAACACGUAGUAGCAGCACAGUUAGAGUUAGUAACGCCGUAGAAAUCAACUCCUUCACCGCCGUUUCUCAGCUCUCCGCCGCCGCGACUCUCGCUGUCGAGCUCUUCUCUCACUAUCUCGCAGGCCAAAGCAGAUGUUGUUUUCAAUGAAAACGAUAAUUCAAAUCUGAAUCUUGCUGUAGGACAUUCAAGGACUUGUAACUUGGGUGCUCGGCGAAGGAUUCAUGCAAUCAUGGCUUUUUAUCAAGGCCUGGAUGCAGCUUUGUACCUGUCACUGUCCAAAGUGCUUCCUGAAUUAAAAAAAUCAUGUGGCAAACCAAGACCAGUUCUUGCUCUCAGCUGUGUGUCAGAUAGUAUGCAGACAUUAGACGCACUCCUAACAUGCAAGCCGAAAAGAAAAACGGAUCAAAAUAUUCCAAUUACGACAAAAUUGUCUCCGACAUCUCAACAAGAAGAAGUCUGUGGCGGUACUGCUGGUCUAUCAUUUGAGGAGAUAACGAAAGACAUACCUUUCCCUGUUGAAUACUAUACACUAACAGGAAAAGAUCUGGAAGAGAAUGAAUAUCCUGUUAAUAAGCCAGGUUUUCUUUCUACUCUUCCUGCUCCUCUGGGAUCUCGUUUUUAUAAGAUGGUAGCACUUGACUGUGAGAUGUGCAUAACAGGUGAAGGGUUUGAGCUAACAAGAGUUACUCUAGUGGAUGUCAAAGGACGGGUUUUGUUAGAUGAAUUGGUAAAACCUUCAAAUCAUAUCAUUGAUUACAAUACAAGAUAUAGUGGAAUAACGGACGAUAUGUUAGAUGGGGUGACGACAAGUUUGGCAGACAUUCAGGAAGAGUUCCGAAAAUUGGUUUACAAAGAAACUAUUCUUGUUGGGCAUGCUUUGGAAAAUGAUUUACUAGCAUUGAAAAUAUCACAUGACUUGGUGAUUGACACAGCAGUAUUAUACAAACACCCCUGGGGGUCUCCCUAUAAAUCCGCUCUACGGUUUCUUACUAAAAGAUUUCUUUCAAGGGAGAUACAGCAAUCAAGGAAUGGACACGAUAGCAUUGAAGAUGCUAGAGCUACCAUGGAAUUAGCACUAUUGAAGAUCAGACAUGGCAAGUGAUUCUUCUGCAUGCUUUUUGUGAAAACUACUUAACCAAUUACGGUUUUUAGUACAUAUGCAGUUUCCAUAAUAUUAGUUUUUUUUUAAAAAAAUUAUUUUGUUUUUUGCUUUAGACUCGAACAGAUCUUGUCUACAGAGCUAUUAUCAUUCACAUUAUAUUUUUUAUUUUAUUUUUAUGUUAAAA